CACUGGGUCCCAGCCGGAGAUUCUCAACGACACCUGCUGAGUAACACUGACAGGGGAGAGAUCUUAACAUGCUGCUGUGUACUUCUCUGCACAGCAGAGAAAUACACAGCAGCAUGUCUCCCUAGUAAAACACACACAGCACAUGUUGUAAAACACACACAGCACACAGUUAACCCUUUGAUUGUCCCAGAUGUUAACCUCUUCCCGCCCAGUGUCAUUAGUACAGUGUCAGUGCGUUUUAUUAGCACUGAUCACUGUAUUAGUGUCAUUGGGAUGUCAGUGACACCAAGUCAGUUCCCCCCCUAGUGUCAGAAUGCCCGCUGCAGUCCCGCCAUAA